CAGAAAGUACCAGCUCCAGACAGAAAGAAGUAGCAGUAGAAACUUUUCGAUAUUUUACAUUAUAAUUUUCGUUUUUACGUACUUUUGAGAAAACGCACGAUUAAUCGUCUCGGUGGCCAUCAGGUGACAAAGGGCGAAUCCUAAAGCCCCAACAUGGCGGAGGACAUGUUAGGUGCGGACAUAUGCAGGGUCUGUCGAUCGGACGACCCUGAGAGACCUCUCUUUCAUCCCUGCAUUUGCACGGGCAGUAUCAAAUGGAUCCACCAGGAGUGCUUGCUCCAGUGGAUGCGGUAUUCACGCAAGGAGUACUGCGAGCUCUGUGGAUACCGCUUUUCUUUUGCUCCAAUCUACAGCCCGGACAUGCCUCGACGGCUGCCUCUUCGGGAUGUGGUGGGCGGAUUAUUUUCAAGCAUAGUCACCGCCGUCAAGUACUGGCUCCACUACACUCUAGUCGCCGUUGCCUGGCUCGGAAUCGUUCCUCUAACAGCAUGUCGAACCUACAGAGCCCUCUUCAGUGGACCUCUUGAUCUAGUAAAAAUUCUCUCGCUCCCAAUGGACAUGAUCUCGACAGAAAACGUCUCCUCGGAUGUUUUUCACGGCGGUUUAGUGAUAAUAUGCACCCUAGUCGCUUUCAUCGGUUUGGUCUGGCUUCGUGAGCAGAUUUUACACGCAGGUGGACCCGAUUGGCUGGAGAGAGACAAUGUGCAGUUGCCACCGGUGGACAAUCCACCUGCUGCCGAAGGCCAACAGCAGCAGAACCAGGAAGAGAGGGUCAUUCAACAACCCGAGGCUCCUGACAACAACAACGUGCCGCCUUUCGUUGACGAUCCACCGAGAGCUGACGAACAAAACGAGGAUGGAAUUCACAUGAUUAUCGACGCCGUGGCGCACAUAGAAGAGAACCCCUUGUAUCAAGAGGAAAUCAAUCAGGCAGCCGUUUUUCCCGAGCGACUCGCGCGGGAAGAGGAACUCGCGGCACCUCGGCCAGAAGUGGACCGACCAAAUGGCCGAGUGAUGCGAAAUUUGGCCCACUUGCGCGCUCAUUUUCAAGGCCAGGCUGCUCCGCCGCCGCCUCCUCCUCUCGCGGGUCCAGCACAAAUCCAAGGCGAGGCCGAAGAAGCCAACUGGAAUCCAAUGGAGUGGGAUCGUCCAGCUGAAGAGCUCACCUGGGAACGUCUCCUCGGCCUGGAUGGAUCGCUCCUCUUCCUCGAGCACGUCUUCUGGGUCAUUUCGCUCAACACUCUCUUCAUCAUCGUUUUCGCCUUCUGUCCCUAUCACAUCGGGCACUUUGCAAUCGCGAAUAUGGGACUCCAGGAGCACGCCGCGGCCUCUCACUUUGAAGGAUUGGUCACGACCCUCUGCGGAUACUGCGUCAUUGGCGUUUGCCUCGUCGUGCUCCACACACUCGCCGCUCUCUUCGGACUGCGCACCUCUCAACGGAUCCUCGGCCUCUGCUACGUCGUCGUCAAGGUCUCGCUUCUCUCGGUCGUCGAGAUUGGCGUCCUGCCGCUCGUUUGCGGCUGGUGGUUGGACAUCUGCUCUCUGGCGAUGUUCGACGCCACUCUCCGCGACCGCGAGUCCUCAUUCCGCCACGCCCCGAGCACAUCGAUGUUCAUCCACUGGCUCGUCGGCAUGGUCUACAUCUACUAUUUCGCCUCGUUCAUCCUUCUCCUGCGCGAGAUCCUGCGACCCGGGGUUCUCUGGUUCCUGCGGAAUCUCAACGAUCCGGAUUUCUCGCCGAUCCAGGAAAUGGUGCAUCUGCCGAUUUUGCGACACGCGAGACGCCUCGUCGCCUCGGCUGUCAUCUUCGGCACGGCGAUACUGCUGAUGCUCUGGCUCCCGGUGAGGAUUCUGCGAUGGGCCUGGCCGGGAUUUCUCCCCUACACAGUCACCGUUCAGAGCGAGGCCCAGGUGAGCGAGUUGUCGCUGGAACUGCUUCUGCUGCAGGUGAUACUGCCGGCUUUGCUGGAACAAAGUCACACGCGAACCUGGCUGAAGGCUCUGGUGCGCGGCUGGUGUCAGGUGGUGGCCUGGCUUCUGGAUUUGCAGUCCUAUCUGCUGCGCGAUCAGUCGGAUGAGCCGGGACCCGCGGCAGUUGAGGAGCCGCAGCUACAUCCCGACUUGGGAGCCGCUCAUCAGGCCAUGAUUCAUCGAGAGACGCCAACGGAUUUCCAGCCGUAUGUCCGCCCGAGAUGGUUCCAUGCGCGACUCAUGGGAUUGCUCUUCUGCGUUUGUGUCUCGCUUGUCAUUGCGAGUUUGAUUGCCAUGACUCUUCCUGUCUGGCUUGGACGAAGAGUGAUGGCUCUUUGGAUGGUUGGGGCUCCUGCACCAUCGCCCCCGGUUCUACCACCUCCGGUGUCCAGCGCCAAUGGAAACGAUUCAAUGGUGACCUUGUCCGGACGAGUUCACGAGGUCUACACAGUUGCCUGCGGGACCUACGUCUGCUGGGCAGCCUUCCGAGGGCUGGCUCUCGCAAUAUCCUGGCUUCCGCGAGGUCGACGCGCCAUCAUCGACCGAAUAAAGCACUGGGCAAUCCUCGGUGCCAAGGCAUCAGUCGCCUUCUUCCUCCUGAUUGGCGUGAUUCCCCUCCUUUUCGGCCUUCUCCUAGAACUCGUGGUCGUAGUGCCGCUGAGGGUUCCUCUCGAGCAGAAUCCGAUUCUCUUCAUCUGGCAAGACUGGGCCCUUGGAGUCCUCUACACGAAAAUCGCCACCGCAGUGACCAUGAUGGGUCCCGAGUGGCGUCUUCGUCUAGCCAUCGAGAAAGCCUACACCGACGGGAUCCGGGAAAUGGACCUGAAAUUCAUCGUCACCGAAUUGGCCGCUCCAGUGAUUUGCUGCUUUGGCCUCGCUCUUGCAAUUCCCUACGCGGUCGCUCAUGGAAUUGUUCCUCUUCUCGUCACCAAUCCCCAGACUCAAAUUCUCAUCGCGAGACGCCUCUAUCCUUUCCUGCUUCUCGUCAAUCUCGUCUGCAUUGUCAUCAGUUUUCAGAUUCGUCAGUUCCGAAAGCUCUACGAGCACAUCAAGAAUGACAAGUACCUGGUUGGCAAGAGACUUGUCAACUACGAGCACAGAAAUAAGACGCAGUCGCAACAGCAGCAAAGAUCGAACUGAUUCUCGAGACUUGAGGGGAGAUGGUCUAGGUUUAGCUUCGUGUACAUUCUGAUUCUAGUUCUGAUCAGCUCGAUUCAAAAAAUUACACCAACUGAUGUUACUCGAUUUUGUUUUUCUUAUAGUUUAAUAAUAUAUAUUUAUCUAAGCGGUGGUCGAUCAAAAAUGAGAAAAAAGCCUCUUGUUUUCCACUUUGUCGAUUAUCAAUUGUACUAUAAGCCACGAUUAAUCAUCUUUAGUAGAUUAUUAAAUUAUUUUCUACUAGUUGUAAAACUACUCGGCAAAAUCUCUCCAACUUUCUUGCUUUCUUUCUUUCUUUCUUUCUUUCUUUGAUGGAUUUCAAAGUUGGGGAUAUUUUGGAUUAUGAAAUUCUUACAGGAGUGAUUAAAUAUUAACUGGAUACUUGGAUAGGGAAGUGUAUAUUAUAUGCAUGUACAAAUUGAGUCAGAAAAUUGAGAACUAUUAAUAAUCUGUAUAGUAGAAUUUCUGACUUUUCUCGGUUCGUAACUAAAAGAACCGGAAUUUUGUCGAUUUUCUAUAUCUAUAAAAUUACGGCUACUUUUCAACUCUUCAUUUUUUUUCCUAGACUUUUGGUUUUUAAGGGUUUGGGUGUCGAAAAAAAAAAAUUGAUGUUGACUAUUUUUAACAGAGUGUAGUUUCCUGACUUGUAAUUAUAAAUCCCUCUCAUCUUACAUUUACGAAAUCGCAAUUGAAGAAAAUAUUUUAUAUAUUUUUUCUUUUUUUUUAGAUGGCCUUUAGAUUCUACUUGAAUAAUCUAAAACUUUAAAAUCUUCUGAAAAGUCUUACAACUUCCGCAUUUAUGCAAUUUAUUUAAUUAAGAAAUUGGUCGGUUUGGUUUUUUCUAUAAUUAGGGUUUAAGUUUUCCGGCCUUGUUAGGUCCGAUUAGAAAAAAAAGAGCUGUUGAUGCUUCAAAAAAGUUUUAUUCCUCUGAUGGAAGUUUCAAAAUUAUUUUUUUUUUUAUGACACAAUAUUUUGCUUUCCAGCUUUCAGAUGCGUAUUUAGAAGAUAGCAGAUUUAAAUUGAUUUUCUCUGGAUGACAAAAUCAGUCUUUUUAUUUAUUUUUUUGCAGGAAAAAAAAAUAGUAAAAGGCGUUCUAAAUACGCGUCUGACUUGUAAGUACACAGUAGAAACACUGAGCCAAAUAAAUCUACAAUAAUCACAUGUAAUAACGAGUACUGAGACUUUGUUCGUCGUUACAUUUAAACACUGAACCCGGUAUUAAAGAAAAACAGUGUAAGAAUUUUUUACGCUGCAGCGCAACUUUCCUGAAUAAAGAAUAUUUCUUU